AUGUCAGUGUUUACUGAUCAAGUCCCAGAGGUCGUUGUCCCACCACAUGCUGGUGCUACCCCGCCGGUGAUGCAGACAGACAAUGAGAACUGUGAUGACACUUCCAUCGAACCGGAAGAUAAUGACAGCAACACUGAGAAUAGAAAUUUACAAAGAUUGAUUGGUGUAAUACUAUGUUACAAAUUCCUGGACACAUCCUGGUCCAAACUGUUUGUCCCCCAAGUUUCUGCCAGAAAUGCUGGGCUUUCCAUUCUGGCAAAGCAAGUCUGGACAGGCAGCACCCUGCAGAGGAUGUCAGAACAAGGGCCCAUUGAGGUCUUUCAGGUCCCAACACCAACCCUUCUGGCUGCUGUGCUACUCGACUUGUACAAUGUAUGCCAUGGACAGGACACCCCACUCAUCGAUAACGGUGCAUCCCAAUUACGUUUUGGGUUUUCUCUAUGUCCUCUGUACUGGUAUAUCUACGACACCAUUGACCACCCCAGUGUUAAUGACAGAGCAGCUCGCAUCUCCAUUAUGCUCGAGCCUGUAGGUACCAACGAACUGCUCAAGACUGGGUUUGAAGCACGUGUUCAGCAUGCAGGGAAAGAAAAGGAAAGAGAAGAGCGGGAAGCAGAGGAAUGUCAUGAUGAGGCAGAACGAGAGAAUGAUUUGAUGGUUGGGCUGGAAGGCUGUGUGAGGAACAAGAGGAACAGUGUUGUUGCAGCAGGCACAGAUGAAGAACUAUUGCUUCCCUUCCCACAGACGAUCGAGUAUCAAAGACGAACAGGAAGGCAGGUACAGUUGCACCAUCCUCUGAUGAAGAAGACGAUAUCCAACGACUGCUGCUCGUUGAAUCGAAGCUCCUUGCACAUGACCCAACCUUUUGCUGCAAGAAUCCAUUUCAACACCAAAUGGUGGCAUGUCUGUGAAUCAUACUUUGCUCUGUUGGUGGCAGGAGCCAAUGCUGCUAGAAUUGGCAAGGUUUUGCAGACUGUCCCCGCAACAUUCACAGACACAGAAAAGGCGCGGUUAGUAAAAAACAUAUAUACUACUGGUGGUCCCUCUCAGUUCUGCGGGCUUUUCAAGACGGCCCAAGAUGCCACGAUGGAUGCAUGGAGGGGAAUGGUGACCUUUGCAAACAUGGAGGAAUUCAAAGAUGUAGGGGUAGGAAGUACUUUCAUCAUUGGGGCCCUUUGCCUUCCUGUUACACUGGAAUUCGACCCCUUCAUGAUAAAGGUGCAAGCAAGUGACGAUAUUACAGAGGAUCGCCAGCCUGCAUUCCCCACUGUUCCUGUCCAUGGAAUUAUCACCAGCCUGCAUUCCCCACCAUUCCCAUCCAUGGAACCACAUGUAUUGUCCUUAGAUAAAGGUGCGAGCAAGCGACAAUAUUACAGAGGGUGCAUCCAGGGCCACCCGUAG